AUGUCUAGUCCUCCCGGUUCGAUUCCCAACAGUCGACCCGUCGGGAGGCCAGUUCGAAGGCGAACAAGGGCCUCGAGGCGAACCCCUCCUACCUUGGUGAGCACGGAUAUCGAAAAUUUCCGAGCCAUGGUUCAACAUUUCACUGGUGGACCUACUGCUUCGGCGGCGGGACCUCCUGUGCCGGGACCUCACCUUUGUGAACCGAGUCUCAGGUUUGGUUUCGGAGAACGGCAACAACACCAUGUUAAUGUUGGUAAUUCCCUAAUGGCUCCUCAGGUUGAUGUGUCUUAUUUGCAAUAUCAACAACAAAUGGUGCCUCAAUCCCAGCACGAAAACCAGGCCUAA